UCACUCAAGUAAUGCCAGAGAGAUGUGAAGAGGUGUUUGUGGUCAUGUGAGGCCUGGAUGGUGAACAAACACGAACGUUGUGCCUCAUCAAGUCUGGAAUAAACUUUGCAUGUAACGUUGCCCUGAGUAACACGAGGAAGAUACUUCGGGCUUGUUAAAAACAAUUAUAUGGUCUCCCCUCCCGUCUCAGUCGGUUAAAAGGAUCGCAGAGAGGGCCUUUUAAAAAGGUUUUAAGUGACCGCAGAGAGGAAAUUUAACAUAGCAACGGAAUCUAGUAUUUAAAAUCGCAGUGCCUUUUUUUUCCUUUCUGGAUUUUUGCUUCUUUGGUAGUGCAAGUGAAUAUUUUUUUUUAAAAAAAUGGAUAAAUAUGAUGAUCUGGGGCUGGAGGCGAGUAAAUUUAUAGAAGAUCUUAAUAUGUACGAAGCCUCCAAGGAUGGCCUUUUUCGGGUGGACAAAGUGGUUGUGAACAACCCAGAAUUUGAAGAAACCAGAAGAGUGUUUGCUACAAAAAUGGCCAAAAUCCACCUUCAGAAACAGCGAGAACAAGAGGAGCUGAUGAAAGCAGCCUCCGGAUCUUCAAAUGGUGGUGCUGGUUUUGGUAGUCAGCAUCAGUUUCCAGGCUCCCCUGUAGCUAGAGGUGCCACAGGAACAAACAAAGUGCAAUUGGGAGAAAAUAUCGCUAAGCCUCCUUUGGCCACGUCUUCAAUGGUAUGUGCAGGGCACCAGCUAGCGUUCCCAAAUCAGCCCCCACCUCCUACUGAUGGAGAGUGGGCAAAGUUAUACCAAGAUGGCAAAAGAGCCAGUAGUGAUCAUGGAUAUAGUGACAGUCUGGUGGGUUCUGAAGUCCCUGGAGGACAUGGUUAUCGCAGAGCAGGUCAGGCAAGCCCAGGUGGUACCAAAGCAGCUUUUUCUUCCCUUUCCCAUGAAGAGCUCAAUAAUGGCGAUAACAGGACAGCUAUUCACAGUUGGGGAAGAGAUGCUGAUAAGUUUUCCAGCCUGAAGUCUAACAUGGGCUCCCAUUUAUGGUCAAAUAUGAAUCAUAGUGAUUCACUGCAGAGAAGUCCUACGAAACCUCAAGCAGAUCUCCAGCCAUACCAACAGUCACGAAGUUGUUGCAGAUCCUCUGAAAGUGGGUAUGGCAGUCAGGAAAGUGGAGGUGAGGGCCCUGGGCUCAGUCAGAGCUGUGACCAAAACUCAACUUGCCCAAGAACGUCAUCCUUUUCACAUGCUUGUACCCCUUUGUCUUCUUCUGUUGGCUUUGGUGAUGAAUUGUCUGCAGGACUUCCCAAGCAAAGAUCUUCUUCGUUUUCUGCACACCCUACUCAGGCACUUUUGAAUCGGUCUGAUCCCUUUCAUCCAAACUGUGGGCUUGAGACGCUAGCUUCUGGCACCCCAAGUAAAAGUGUUGGUGACGGCCAAUCGAGGCACGGCGAGAGUUCUCCCUCUUUGGUUUCUGCUUCACUUCCUACUCCGUUACCUCCAAGUGUUGGUUAUCAGCAAGCCAACACUCAACCAAAGCCCACAGGCCAUUUUGUAGUUCAUGGUCAAAAUCACAGGCUAAAUUGUGCUGGAUCUGGCAUGAGCCCUGAGCAGAAUUCCAUCAGUGUAACAUCUCAUGGGCCAAUGAUUUCCGAUGUUCCAAAACCUCCUUUUAUAGAGGGCAUUGGCACUCUGCAGCAUGACUUGGGUCACCAAGAAACCUCCACUUCUUCAAAAAUAAAAUUGCCCUGUCAGACACUCCUUCCACAGCAAGAACAAGGGUCAUCCACAGCAGAGUUAAAAUUAGAAGCUCUUACACAGCGUCUAGAGCAGGAGAUGGAUUCUUGUCCCAAGGCUGACUACUUUGGGACCUGUGUGAAGUGCAACAAAGGUGUUUAUGGCGCAAACCAGGCUUGCCAGGCCAUGGGGAAUCUCUACCAUGACGGAUGCUUUACCUGUGGCGCAUGCAGUCGAAAGCUGAGAGGGAAAGCCUUUUAUUUUGUUAAUGGGAAGGUGUUCUGCGAAGAAGACUUCCUGUAUUCUGGGUUCCAGCAAUCAGCUGAUAGAUGUUUUGUUUGUGGACAUUUGAUAAUGGACAUGAUCCUGCAAGCUCUGGGGAAGUCUUACCAUCCUGGCUGCUUCCGUUGUGUGAUUUGCAAUGAAUGUCUGGACGGAGUACCAUUUACGGUAGACAACGAGAACAAAAUUUACUGUGUCCGAGAUUACCACAAAGUUUUGGCUCCAAAAUGUGCAGCAUGUGGACUUCCUAUUCUGCCAAGUGAGGGAUCUGACGAAACUAUUCGUGUUGUGUCAAUGGACAAGGAUUAUCACGUGGAGUGCUACCGCUGUGAGGACUGUGGAAUGGAGCUCAAUGAUGAAGACGGGCAUCGCUGUUACCCCCUGGGUGACCGUUUGCUUUGCCACUCCUGUCACCUGGUGCAUAUAGAGAAAGGCACGACCCCUGCGGCUGCAUACCGGCAUCAUUACUAGUCAGGGCUGCUGAAAACCCGCCCCAGAAAGCUGGCAAAGGAACGGUUGUUGUCCAGCCAUUUUCCCCAAUUGGCAACUUGCAGUUAAGAGGAUAAGAAGCAGCAGCUUCGCCUUCCAAGUCCCACGCCGAGCAUAUUGCUGACGAAGUAGACACAGUGGUUGUGGAUUCUUGUGUGGGCCUUGAGAGUGGGUGGGGAUGGUUAUCCAGUACGGGAAGAAUAUGUAGUGAUGCCUAGAACUGUGGGUCUAUUGUUCUGGGAAUGGUUAAUCGAUCCUGGCCUCUGUGUAAUGAACACAUGUUCAUUUUUAUUUUUUUGCUUGACAGCUCCCACUCACCGAAAUAUAUCAACAUGCUGUAUCGAGUGUGCUUUUAAAUAAAAAAUUGUGGUAAGUGGGGAUCCCAAAAGUUAGAGGCAGGAAUGAAGCUAAUUGUACUCUUCCCCCUACACACAUUUCAUGGAGGUAUUCUUGUCUUCCCCCAGUAGCUGCUAAGCUUUAUUUAAAAAAACAAAAACAAAAAAGGCACAAACACUGAAAAUAUUUAUGUACUGGUGAGAGAUUGAUCUGUUGCUCUCACCCAUGCUUUUUAGAAACCAAGUCCUUCUAGCUGGCCCUGCAGUGGAAGCUGGAGAGAGAGGAUAGAUUAAGACUGAAUAUGCAGCUUUCUGUUCCUUAGAAGCUCAGUUAUUUGGAGCACUAGGAACUUGAGAUUUUAGAGUAGACUCAGCAGAUUAAGAUCUGUUGUACCUGUCCCUGACUUGCAUGGACUGACACCUAAAUGGAGUGUAAUUUCAAGAAUAGGGUCAUGCGUAUUGUCUCUCUAGCAAGACGAAAAAUGGCUGUUUUCCUCUUUUUUAACUCCUGUCCCUUAAACCACCCCUUCAGUUAAGUGUGUGUGUGUAAUAAAUAUCAUGUGGACUAUUGUGUAUAUAUAUAUUUUGUAACUGAUGCUUGAGGGAAUGUGAGACGGAUACCGGUUAACCUAAAACUUGUUUUUGCUAGGAGUCUUCCAGUUGCUUGCCCCUGUUCAGCCUGGGCUUGAGAGCCAAUAAACUAAU